AAGUUCAAAACACUUCCCAAAGUCCAAACUGUGAGGUGAAACUCGGAGAGACGGUUUCGGUUUCGGUUUCGCUUUUGCUUUCGUUUCAUAAUCACAACAACAACAACAGCAACAUUUCGCAAUAAUUUUUAUAAUGAUGAUGAAGCUGUCAUUGUUGUUGUCGUUGUUGUCGUUGUUGCAUUUGUCUGCGGGUUUGCCCAUUGCGCCCACCACUUUGGACGGUGCCACGCCCAUUGACGCCCAGGUCUCAGCCGCCGAUUUUGGCGCCCUGGAUGCAUUCGCUGAAGAUGCCGCCGAAAAUUCCGAAACGGCAGCCAGCGAGUCAGCGGGCUUCAAGAUCUCAUUGCUGCCGAUGCCCGACAAGACGGCGGAGUCUGUGAAUCUGGAGCAUGAGGCAAUUCCAUCCAAAGUGUAUACCGCCUAUGACAAUACACAUAAGGGGAUUGCCGAUAUUUCGCAUCCUGUGCCCAUUUUGGACAGCAUCAGCGAACAUGAGAAGUAUGGCAACAAUGGCGACAAAUUCGACGGCAUCUCUCGCUCGAUUGUCAAUGGUUACGAAGCGUUUUCCAAUCUCCUCAACACCUUAAUACAGAAACCCAAAGAAUUGGCGCGCAGUGUAUCGAAGGGCAUCACAGCCCAACUGGACAUCAUUGGAGGCAAGCUCGUCGGUCUCUAAGCAACGUUAACAAUUGGAAAGGAAUCAAAACACUU